CUCAACCAAUGAGAGGCGUAGUCACCUCAGCGUCUCGUGGUCGCGAGCGCUGAGACGGCGCGCUUUUUGCUUCUUCCGCCGCCUCCCCUCACGGUGCUCCCGGGGCGGUGUGAGGCCUAGCUUCUGCUAGGUCGCCUCUUUUCGUCUUCCGAUGGAUCCCGCCGAGGCCGAGUUCCUGGCCGAGCAGGAGCUGGUCACCAUCAUACCCAACUUCAGCAUGGACCGGAUUUACCUCAUUGGGGGGGACUUGGGUCCCUUUAAUCCUGGGCUGCCUGUGGAUGUGCCUCUCUGGCUGGCUAUCAACCUAAAGCAAAGACAGAAGUGUCGACUUGUACCUCCAGAAUGGAUGGAUGUAGAAAAACUGGAGCAAAUUCGGGAUCAGGAGCGCAAGGAAGAUACUUUCACUCCAAUGCCUAGCCCAUUCUACAUGGAAUUAACAAAGUUGUUGCUGAACUAUGCUGUGGACAAUAUUCCAAGGGCAGAUGAGAUCCGAACAUUGGUUAAGGAUAUCUGGGAUACUCGAAUUGCAAAACUCCGGUUGUCUGCUGAUAGCUUUGUUAGACAGCAGGAAGCUCAUGCCAGGCUGGAUAAUCUGACUCUAAUGGAGAUCAACACUACUGGGGCUUUCCUUACUCAAGCUUUAGAUCAUAUGUACAAGCUCCGUACAAAUCUCCAGCCUGGAGAAAGUUCGCAGUCUCAGGACUUUUGACAACCGAAAUCUUCCAUGAAAUACAUUCUGACGUUCUGCUUCUCAGCAGUUUUUCCUGAGCUUUAGGCAGCUGCCUCUGUAAAAUAUUGGUCUCCAGUACUCAUAUAAGAUUGUAUUGAAAGCAAAGACGAUGUCAGGGGAAGGUUCAGUAUAACAUAUCCUUUUGUGGACAAAUACUGGAAAACUAAGGCUGAUCCAAUCUGCAAGCAACACUGGGGUUUUUAUCUAUCCUCAGCAAUUGGGGUGCACAGCCUUUUUUGACAAUAGGUCUCCUCAGCAAACAGAUGAUCCUGUGCAACAGUCCUCUCAGCUCCUGUGUGACUGUCAUUCCAAGGUGAAUUGGCUGCAACUCUUUGCAGUUGUCUUGCUACUUUGUUGGAUUGCUUUACUCAGUCUUAAAACUAGAAGAAAAUGAAUUGAUCCUUCUCCACAGGAUCCACUUCCUCAGAGGGCCCUUAUUUUCAGAUGCCUCUGGGAAAGAUGACAGAGUGAGACUAUUUUAUACACCUGGCUGCACAGCACUCCUGUGAGCCUGCCUGGGGAGUGAUAACCCAUCUUUCCAGCAGGGCACUGUGUGCUUCCACUGUGGAUAUCACUUACUGCAGUCUAUUUGUCAACUGUCCUCAAGAGAUAAAGGAUCCUCUCUGGUUGCUUUGUCAGCAACCACUGAAGUGAACUGCUUUGUGUAUGUGUGUCUGCGGAAAGUGAGAACAUGUGCCUUGUUUCUGUUUUUCACAGAGUAAAUUGAUUUGUUUUGUGUACCUGCAUUUUAUCUCUGCUGUAGACUCUUUGCUCUAAAUUUCCUAAAGCCAGUCACUUGCUAGUCAGAAUCAACCCCAUUUUAAUUAUGUAGGUAUUCAUUGGCUGUUAGGACUCAGGCCCUCAGUCAUACAGUGAGUGCUCCUACCUGUCUGGUUUGUAACCUUUAUAGCUGUUGGUAGGGGCAGAAGGGAAGAAAAUAAUAAAGAGGAGGGUAUACAGUGGUCCAAAUACUGUUAGGUUGACACUUGGCAAUGAGGCAGAUUCUUAACUAGACUGCAGUAAAGUGUACAUUGUUUAGGCAGCAACACACUGACCUCUGCUGGCUGUCUGCAAGAUACUUGAUCAUUAAAGUAGUUCUUCAAAAAGUAUUGUGCUUUUGUACUAUUUCGUGAAAUGUUUGUAAAUUUUUUUUUUUUGAAAUUCUUGAUAUUUUUAUAAUGCAGAGUCCCAGUGCAAGCUCAACCUGUUAAUUUUUUCAUUUGCAAUAUAAAAAAUGUAGGAGAGGUUAAAUUUGUUGGAAAUUCACACCAACACUGAAGAAACUAUGUAGUGACAAAGUAACAUUAUUGAUGAUGGUGCUAGAUGUUGCUUGUAAUGGGAGAAUAUGGGAGAAUAUAUACCAUUACAAUAUAUACCAUUUAAGAUUGUCGUUAAACAAUCUUAAAGGCAUACUACUUUAAUCUGUAACAAUCUUUGCCUUGUUUGAGGAAUCCAUUAAUCAUACUUCAUGCAAAAUCAUGAUUUCUGUUUGUUCCUUCAAUAGCAUCUUCUGCCAUAUUUUGUGCUCUCUAGUAUUACUUAGUGCUGACUUGUGAGCUAGUUCAGCUUAGUGCUAGCUUUUGGAAUUCAUGUCCUAGGGUGGCUGUGUAUGUUCUAGCACCUGCAAGUUUCUAGCUUGCCUGCUCAUCCCAAUGGGGAAUAAACAACUAGCUUAGUGUAUAGUUGGGGCAAUGGCAGUAUGAUGCCUUCAUAGUGAAUACUGUAUAAAAUGCCAGAUUGUGUUGAAAGGUUUGAUCUGUGUCUUUAAGCAUAGUUAACACUUCAAAUUUUAAUUUAUACACAGUCAGUGUAGUUUCCAUCCACCACUGGGGUUGCUGGGAAAAUAAUCCUUUGUCAUGAUUUAGGAACAUUUUAUUUUUUGGAUGUUGUCAGAAAUUACAGCAAUAUAUUCAUAAAUACCUAAUUACUACAUUCAACAAAUAUAUUACAUUACAUUAAAUUCAAACAAGUACACUUAAAACAGGUUUAAUUUGUCUCACAGCAUCUAAACUGCCCCAGCCAGUCUGGGCUUUAUCCUCCUGCUCUCCCUUCAUGCUCUGUGUUUAGUUGCUUGAGAAAUUCUGCACCUCUUAUAACAACAACCAGUCAGCAUGGCCCUGGGGGCAACGGAGAGCAAAUGGGGUAGUCUUGAGAAUUUAAGCAGUGGGCCAGAAAGCUGGGGGCGGAUGGGGUAGGUGGGAGAAGGAAUUGACUCCCAUCAUUGUAGAAAAGAAGAGAAUGUUUUGAAAGAAGGGUUGCUCCAAGAUGGGAUACUGUAGUUUUCAUACUAGCACCUCCUAACCUCUCUGCCUUCAUGCUUUUUUGCAUUGUUUGAGGGAAAGACAAACGUAUUUCAGACAACGCAGGCUUGUUCUAAAUGGGAAAUUGUGACUGAUCUGGCAGCUUGUGUACCACUGAAUCUGGAUUUGAAUUCAACUGAGUUUGAGUAAGUGCACAUUCAUUAUUUACUCUUGUAUGUAGAUAUAUAGAAAUCAAGCCAAUUGGCUCUAAUGUGUGUCCUUAAACAGCACAUGUUGGGCUUGUAAAAGCUGGAGCAGCGUGGUGCAAGCAUCUUCCCAUAUAGUCUUGCCUACAUUCUGCUCAGUUGAAAGAAAAAGACACACAUAGUGCAAUUACAUUUAGAAAAAUGAGUGCAAUGGCCUCCUCCUUUCUAUGCCCAUCUCCCCCUGCCCCUGUCCAUUGCCAACACUAGGAUAUAAAAGCUGUAAUCUACACUGACUUGAAAGACACUGCUACUGCAACAAUUUGAUAGACAUGGUAUGGAAAUAUCAUCCAAAUUACCCUCAGUUAACACUCAACCUUGAUAGCUUGAAAGUGGAUGUAUAAUUAUUUGGACAGAAAUAAAUUAGUAGAGCCAUUAAUGUUUUAUCCCAUCUUUGUUCCCGUAACACCUUCCUAAUUAAACUAUGACUUUCUACAUUACCACCACCCCUUAGGUUUAUCUGACAAUGCCAGCUUGUUGCCUUCUGUCAAUACUUCACAUAAAUACUUUACUCUGGUCAUAUAUUGAAACCUGAAUGGCCAGAAUGAGCACUGAAACUACUGCAAACUGAGUUUUCCUGUGGUCCCUUAUUUUGAUACUUUUCAGCUGACCUAAGGGGGUGUGACUAAAACAAGUUUUUAAGGUAUAAUUUUGUAUUCUGCUUUUUUGGCAAAACCUAAUUUAUGGAAUGAAAUAGUAUUAACGACAAUCAGGUAUUUUUUUUCCUUUGAAGGCAAAUGGGUGAUAAUGACCUAACAUCAUUCAGAGGGGGAAAUAUGAGUGACUUUUACAUGUUUCUGCUCGUUUCUUUCAUGCUCCAAUAGAGCCGAUUGUCUCAGUACAUCAGGGAAGGAUAAUCAGAAUACUAUUACAGAAACUGGCAGCUUUAGCUGUUUGAAGGAUCACUUGCUAAUGUGGAAAAAAAAAUCUCUUUCUGCAUUCAGGAAGAGGACAUUGUGUCACACAGGUCCAUAAAUUUGCUCUAGGUUUCUUUCUUGUUAUAAUAGAUAAACUUUCUCUGGAGGCUGGUCAGGGCUUUGGUAUUCUUAAGAGUUGCAUAGAAAAGGGAAUUGUGGCAGGUGUAGGUUUGUCACACAGUGGUGAGGAAACUGCACCAGCUGAAUUUACUUCUAAGCAGCUAUUUAAAAGGAUAGAAGCUUUGUUUUACUUUGCAUCUGGUCACUGUAGAGUCCUACAAGAGCACACCCGCUUGCUUUUCAUUGUCAUUAUUCGGGGAAAGAGAAUUUUUAAUAGCAACAGCAAAAAGCAUUGCACAUCAGCUACUAAAAUUAUAAAAUGCAAAGAGGCUGACAAAAUUCAGUGAACCUUGACUAUAAAGGUGCUACAAAUCCCCGGGUUAUAUUAUAUUCUUGGUCAAAAUAUUGUGCUUUUGCCACACAUUCUGCAAAUAUUGGUUGGUGAGGCCUUGAAUAGUUAAGGCAAAGGGGAAACCAUUUUAAACUUGGGAGGGCUGGGCCUUGCUUGUGUAUAUAAUCCCCUCAAGUGUGAAAGAUCAGUGCACAUAAAAUAAUGUGCCUGAUCCUUUAUAAUAUUGAUUCUAGGCUUCCCUUAAAGGGACGUAGAUUAAUCUAACAGUGCUUCCAUACAUCACAAAAGACUGGUGUUGCCAGACUGAUAAACAAAGCAAAGGGAGAACCUGCUUUGUCAGGCAAGGCUUUAAAACUAAAAGCUUUGAGCUUUUUUAGAGCAUGUUUGGUUUUUAGAGCAUCCAUUCAGUUGGUGAAUGGAUGUCUGGCUUAUCCACCUUGCCUUUAAUUUCUAGUGCUGUCAAUUUAAAAUUUAAAUGCAUGGAUUAUAAGGAAGGAUAGCAAAACCACCUGCUAGGACUGUGUAUGAAAAUGUUGUUUAAUACGUAAAUAUGGAAAGAAAACACUAAUCCAAACUAGCUCUUGAUAACCAGUCAGAGGAGUCCUAAAUUUUGGCAGGAGCUACAUGGGCCAAAUAAGAUAUGACUUGAGUAAAACUUUUUUUUUAAAAAAAAUCUCUUUUACCUGGGUUUAGUACAAGGCUGAGGGCCCCCAACACAUUGGACCUAGGAGCCUGGGACCUAUUUUUAGUGUAUGUGACCCUCCUGCUGCAGGAGUGCAUGGCAUGUGAAUAACAUGACCAUGUGGGUAAGCCAACUGAAUGCUAUGCAAACUGCACUGGCAGUCAGGUAUGAAAGACCCAUGAAAUCUACCCUCAUGGUCUCAUGUACACAUGCAUUCUUGUGGAAUAGGGUCACACUGUGCCAGAAGUAGCUUCUGUGCUACUGGGUCUGUAUAUGAAGCAGGUUGGAAACAGACAGCUUCAGGCACAGAUCACAGUAUUUUUCUUCCUUUGUAUUAACUGUUUGCUGUUUUUGGAAUAAUGUUUCCUUCUUUGGAAGCCUCAUAUAAUUGAUGCUGCUAGUGCUACGAUUUUAAGUGGUGUUGGUUAAAGGAACAAAGCCAAUUAUUGUCCACUAACGUUGAUAGUGUAGUCCCUAAGAUCUUCUCUCAAUAGCAACAGAUCAUAUGACAUUCAGUAUUCCAAGUGCUUGAAGAAAAAAGGGGUAGCAGGGCAGGGGGAAAUGGGGAAAAGAAACUCCAGUUGCGCAGGAGAAUUUACUGUACCAGAAACUGGUGCUAUGCAUCGCAAAAUGCCUAAGUGAUAGCACGUGCCCCAGUGGAAAGCUUUUUCCUUAAAAUUCUUUUAAAAAAACAUUUCAAUAUUUUUUUCAUGUCCUGACCAGCAGCAGUACAAACACUAAAAGCAAGCUAUCUUUUUGCCAAAAAGAAAAAAAAGCAGAAACAUAUUGAAAAUGGCAAGCUUUUUAUAACAAUAAUUAAAGUAAUAAAAACAUACAAAACAUUUUUAAAUAUAUACACAGUACAAGGCUGAAGCACCUUUUUCACUCUUUAAUUGUAAAAUCUUUGUAUGAAAAUUCUACCCACUGGGGUACAUAAUCUGUGUGUGUUGUAUGUAUAUCACUGUUCUGUACAUCCUCCCCUCCCCAGUAAUAAAAAGGUACCUUCAGUUU